AUGCAGUCGCAGGGAGGUGCUGCUUUUGCAUGGGGCAGUCAGGGGGCGACAUACUCUCCCUUGCCGAUUCGGGCCGGCACCCUCGAGCUGAGCGGCGCUCAGGAGGAGCUGUCGCCCCGAUCGCCCAGGACUCCGCGGUCCAUCCCAUCGCAGGGAGGGGCGCGGCUGGCCUGCUCAUCAUGGGGCUCGCCAGUGAGUGCUUCGGCUUCCCCCUUGAUGGAGAGCGAGGCUGGCUGCGACUUAAGUCGCUUCGCCGCUCCGAUUGGCAUGUCUGUGCCGCUGCUGCUCUAUGUUGCCUUAUGGAUAGUUUAUUUCACCAGCCGAAAUCCGGCAGUGAGACCGACGCUGUUGCGAGUACUGUUGUGCUGCACUGCUGUGAUUGUGGCUGUGCCUAUUUUCGUCUUCUCUGCAAAGGCCAUCAUGGGCUCCAGAGUUGCCAGUGGCUUGAAGGCGCUAAGUGAUCUGGUGCUGAAGAUGGAGUCGCGGGUGGAUUCCGUGUACGUGGAUAUCCAUGAAGGGAUCAUCUGCAUCGAUGGCCUCGAAAUGAAGAACCCACAGAAUCGUGAAUGGCGAUCACCUUAUCUGCUGACUGCAAAGCGGAUUCGAUGUCACGUCCUCUUCCGUGACUUUGCAAAGUCCAAGUUCCGACAUCUCACAGUGCAGGAGCUGAACAUUUCGGGUGUGGAGCUUAUGUACGAGAAGACGUUUGACUCUUCGAAUGUGAAUGACGUCCUGAACAAGAUUGCCGAGGUUAAAGACAACCUCAAGCCAAAGGAGAAUGAGCCGCCGAGAUUGACGUUUCGACGUGUGGUGGUGGAGGAUAUUGCGGUGCGGCUGCAGGGGCUCGUUGCUGCGAUGGCGAACAUUGCUACAGCCGAUCUGCGGUAUGAGGAUUUCUCUGAAGAGGUGGGUCCAGUUGGACCCGAGUUUCUCAUCGUUCUUUUGCUGAAAACGUUCCUGAAGUCGGCUGUGAGUAACGUGCUGGGUCUGAAUGCUUUUCGAAGCCUGGUGGGCUAUGCGUCCAAUGAAGAGCGCUUCUGCGCGCUGGUGUGGGGCAUCGCCGUCACGAAGGCUGCACAAGAGGGAAGAGGCUUCAUGUCUGUGCCUUCACAACAGGAGGUUGGACGGCGCAGCGUGGUGGCGGUAGCGCUCCUCGCACCAGGGCUGGCGCAUGCCGAAGUCGACAAUCCGCUCCCGCCACCAGUGGUCAAGGAUCUGGAGCGAGCGGCUCCGAAGAUCCAAGGAGGCGUCGAUUGGUUUUACUUCGAGUUGCUUCCGGCAAUCAAGAAGGAGCUCAUGGAUGUUGCCAUGGAGCCUGAGAGCUUGGCCAAGCUUGCGCGGCCUGCGCUGCCGGGUGCGCCGGAGCUCCGGGCAGAACUGCAUGAGGCUGUGCAGCGUCUCAGCUUCGCAGAGCUCCACAGCAGUACCCAGUGGGCCUCGGAGCUCCUGGCCGCGCUUCCACGAGGCGAGGUGCCCAUGGCAAUGCCUGCGCAGAGCAUGUCCAGCUCAGUGCUGCUUGCAAAGGCCCACUUCGGAAUGCGCGAGUACUCCCGGGCUGCACACGCACUGCAGAGCUGUCCCACCCACGGCAAGGAGCUGCAUUCCGAACCGUGGCCGGUGUUUUUCAGGUGCUAUGCGCUGUACUUGGCGGGAGAGAAACGUCGAGAGGAGGACGCGGCAGAGGUGUCUGACCCUGCGGAAUCGAGUCGGGUUCGCAACACAGAGCUGAAAACGCUGGAAGAAGACCUUUCAGCGCUCCACCACGAGCAGAAGCUCGAUGGUUUGGGCCUCUAUGUGUAUGGUAUCGUUCUGAAGGGCUUGGAGCUGAAAGAGGAUGCCAGACGAGUUCUCUUGGAAUCUGUUCAUGCCUUUCCCUGCAACUGGUCGGCGUGGUUGGACAUCAUCAGCAUUUCUGCGGACUUGGAUGAUGUCAGCAGCUGCCGAGAGGAAUUGAGGCUGCCGCUUCACUGGAUGUCCUUGUUUUUUGAGGCGGCGAUGCAGUUGGAGCUUCAACGGAACGAGAGCGCGAGAGACCUGUACGUCAUGCUCCGUGCCUCCUUCCCAGAAUCGGCCUACAUCGCUUCUCAGAUCGCCACAUGCUUCUACAACCUGAGGAACUUCGAUGCCUCGCAGCUGGCCUUUGAAGAGCUCCGCCGACGUGACCCGUACCGGCUCUCGUCUUUGGAUACCUACUCGAACAUUCUCUUUGUCAAGGAGCAGGCAGCAGCGCUGAGUCACCUGGCACGCCAGGCCGUCAAGAUUGACAAGUAUACGCCUGAAGCUUGCAUCAUCAUUGGAAACUACUACAGUCUCAAGGGUGAGCACGAGAAGGCGGUGAUCUACUUCCGGCGCGCUCUGGCUCUUAAUUGCCACUUCACUCCGGCAUGGAUUCUGAUGGGCCAUGAGUUCAUGGAGAUGAAGAACACAGCUGCGGCAAUUGAUGCAUAUCGAACCGCCGUGACGAUCAAUCGGCGCGACUACAGAGCUUGGUAUGGUUUGGGGCAAACAUAUGAGCUUCUGAGCCUGCACUUCUAUGCUCUGUUCUACUACCGCCGGGCGAUGUCCCUCCGCCCGGAUGAUGCGCGCAUGUGGUGUGCCAUGGCGCAGUGCUACGAUCACAUGGACAGAAAGACCGAGGCCUUGAAGUGCUACGAGAAGGCGCACCGCUGCGGGGACUUGGAGCGCAUGGCUCUGCCCCGCCUUGCGCGGCUGCACCGUGAUCAUGGAGACCAGAGGCAAGCUGCUGCUUACUACAGCCAGAUGCUGGAGCUGAGUGGACAUGCCAGGAUGGUAAACGCAGCUGCAGGUGUGCGGCCAGACCCAGCGACCGUCUCCGCGCCGCUGCGGCCUCUAGGGCCCUCUCUGGGCCUGGCAAGUGAGAGCGUGGAAGCGUUGCGCUUUCUGAUGAAUUUCUUUGCAGAGGAGGGCAGAUUUGCAGAGGCAGAGGCUUGUGCCACUCAGCUCCUGGACACUGCGGGCUCCGAGAAGGCUCUAGGCUCUGGUGCAGAGGGCGCCUACGUGCCGGGAGCUCUGUUCCAGUCGCCCUUGGAUUCAGAAAUUACGUUCCCAAUGAAUCAGUUGGCCAGUGCCAACGUCGAGGCGGACGAAGAUGGAUGGACGACCGACAUCAGGGAUUUUCAGAAGGCUUGCAUCGACAUGAGCGACGCAGUUGGUGCGAACGAUUGGCCUCAGGCGGAUAUGCUGAGCUUUGAGCCCUCUCACUGA